AUGUCUCCCACAAUUGCCUUCCUCGGAGCCACCGGCGGCUGCGCAAACGCCUGCCUCGCCUACACCCUCCGCAGUGGCUACAACGCCAUCGCGCUGGCUCGCACGCCCGCAAAGCUCACAGCCCUACUCCUCUCGCAACCCGGUCUAACACAAGACAUUCUCGACGCACACCUGCGCAUCAUAGAAGGCGAUGCGCGCGAUGUCGAAACCGUCAUGAAGACGCUUGUUGUCGCCGCAGACGCGCACAGCACCACGCUCGUUUCACUGAUCAUCUCGGGCAUCGGCGGCACCGGCGAAAUGGUCUUCACCAAGCCAUCGCCCUGCGAGCAGAUCCCCAUGCGCGUCCCGACGGUGCCGCACAUCAGCAUCCCAAACCCGAAUAUCACCGAGCAAAGCACGCGUGCGCUGCUCGGUGCGCUAGCCCGCAUUGCGGCGGAGCGGUUCGGUUCGUUCGCGGAUUAUGCAGCCGUCGCGCCGCGAGUGACGAUUAUCUCUGGGGCGGGCAUUAAGAAGGGCGUUACGGAUGUGCCGUUGCUGUUUAGGCCGUUGUAUGCGGCGCUGGAUAUCCCGCACAAGGAUAAGGCGCAGAUGGAACGGCUAUUAGCUGAGGCGCAGGAGAAAGCGGAUAAUCUGCUGUGUGGCGGGGUGGUGAUUGUGCGGCCGAGUAUCUUGGGCGGCGAUCAUAAGAUUGCCGAGGCUGGCGCAGACUCAGGCUUUACAAAGUUACGCGUGGGCACAGAAAAGAAGCCGGAGAUUGGGUAUACUGUUGGGAGGGCGCUGAUCGGGGAGUGGAUUUAUCGGGAGGUGGUCAAGGGAGGCGGGGAGAAGUGGGUUGGUGAGGGUGUGAUCCUGACUGAGUGA